AUGACGCUCUGCCUGCUCCUUCCUGCGCUCGUCCUCGGUGUGACGGUGCCACCAUCAGCCAACACCACGGAGGAGACGCUGGACGUUUGGAGGAACCGAACCGUUCAGGUUUACACCACUAACAGUCCAACAGAACCCAACGGGCCAACGGCAGAACUGGAGGGCGAGCGGCGCAGGAACCAGAGUUCUGCGGUUCUCACCGAGGACGACGAGAGGUUCCAGAACCAGGAGGUCCAGUCCACACGCAGACACUGUGACCGGGUCCAGCUGCUGGAGCUCAGCCACAGUUACUGCGGAGCCAAGUUUCAGGACGACCUGCAGCAACUGGACGCAGCAGACUGGUGCGUCCUGGAGAACGUCAUCGGACCCUACAACGACCUGACGGUGUGUCUGGAGACGCUCACCGCCAUGGUUGACUGCUAUUUCCCAAACCGUGACAUUCAGGACUUCUUCGUCCACAUCCACUCCAGCUUCUUCCACAACUGCACUGAGGAAGAGGAGGACCUGUGUGAGGAUGCUCCUACCAGCCUGGUGGUGGCGCUCACCAUCAUCCCUGUGAGCUUCAUCCCAGUCCUGGUUUAUCUCGUGGUCUGGAAACGUUAG